UCAGGUUUUGUUUGGUCAGCGUGGUUGAAGUACAGACAUAACACACCUGUUCUGCAGAUUGAUGAAUACUGAACAGUAUAAUUAUCAAGUAUCUGCUGUAUAUUGCUGUUUUGUGGAAAUAAAGAUCUCUAAAAGUGAAAGGAGAUGCUGAUGCCGCCGUGGUAUACCACGCUGCAACUUGAGGAGUCCAUCGUCUUCUGUGAAUUGUUAAUUCCGCAUCACUCAUAGCUUUCUCGCUAAAAAAAAUUCACUAGAAACGAUGUCAAAGCUAAGAUUGAACUCAGUUUUAUUAUCUAAUAAUAUAUGUUUCGACCACCAUUUUGUAGUAAGCGUGCAUGAUACCAUAUACACCUCCGUUAAGACCAUUUCAAUUUGAGUGGGGUGAAGGUUUUAUGUAUACAUUAUUUUCCGAAAUCGUCCAUAUGAGAACUUGGUCUUAUCAUAUCAUCCUGUUUGAACUGACUGGUGGGGACAUUAUAACAUCACCAAGGAAAGAGUAUGUCACAACCGGUGAGCACUGGGAGGCGCGCGCAGCAUGGAAGGGAAAUCCGUGAGCUAAAUACAGCAACGAUCAACAGUUGCGACCAGCAUAUCGAUCUGAUCCCUGAUCUUUACUGCAUAUUCUUGUGGUUUCUUUGCCAGUCAAAUGGACCCGAAACAAGGUAACCAGCCCGGAUAUCCCCAGCAGAGGUACGCUGUACAACCACAGCAAGGCUACAGCUACAACCACUCUACAGUCAUCGUUACUCAACCAGUAGCCGCCGUUCCAGUUGUUCACAGUGUGCCAGACCACAUGGGCUUGGCUAUCUUCACCACACUCUGCUGCUGUUGGCCGAUCGGACUUUUUGCCAUCAUGAAGGCAUCCGAGUCCCGCACUGCCUUAGCAUCAGGGGACUUCCAACGAGCUCAGACCUUAAGCCAGGACUCUCGCCGCUUGUCCCUGUUUUCCAUCGCCGGUGGAUGUGUCUCAAUCGUCAUUGUCAUCAUCGUAGUUGUCACCAUGGUCACCAGUAAUUAAUAACUACUACAAUAGUUACUGACGACAUCAGCUUUUCGGACCGGGAAUCCUGUUCCUGGAGAGAGCGUGUGGUUGCUGAGGAACCGGAUAUAAGACUGUCUCACACACGGCAGCUGGCGAAGAAAGACUUUAAUGCAAGACGCACACAUUAUUUGCACUUUGUAGCUGAUAGACAUGAUGCACGUGAGCACGUGCGUGUGUGCUUUGUUGUACACCCAUUGACUUUUGUGACAAUGUAGACGAAAAAUAAUGAUUAAAAUGAAGGAUUAGACGAGCUUU